UUCAACGAUCGCUUCAAGUCUCAUGAUACUCAGUUUUAAUUCCAGUGCCCAGUGUGAAAAGAAAGACAGAAAUAUGUUCAUCGUUCAUUUCAAACUGUUAACAAUUUCGUUACUGAUUACCGCCGGUAAAAGUUUCUCGUUGGAUACUGAUUGGUGGAAACACACGAUUUUAUACGAAAUUUACGUACAGUCGUUCAAAGAUAGCAAUGGAGAUGGUAUGGGCGAUAUUAAAGGAAUUACGAACAAACUCGAUCACUUUGUCGACUUGGGAAUCGAAACGCUUUACUUAUCGCCAUUCUUUCUCUCACCAAUGCUAGAUUCAGGAUAUGAUGUAUCUAGCUUCACUGAAAUUAAUCCCUUAUUCGGAACAAUGGAUGAUUUUAACGAAUUGAUGAGCGAGAUGAAACGUCGAGGCUUAAAACUGAUAUGCGACCUUGUCAUCAACCAUAGUAGUGACGAACAUCCUUGGUUUCGAAAAUCCAUCGAAAGAAUUGAUCCGUACACAAAUUUCUACGUAUGGGUCGAUCCUAAAGGCUAUGAUUCAAAGAGACAGCCCAUUAUUCCAAAUAACUGGAUGAGUUUAUUUGGUGGCAGUGCUUGGGAAUGGAAUGAGAAAAGAGGCCAAUUUUAUUUACACCAGUUCGCCAUUAAACAACCUGAUUUCAAUUUACGUGAUGCCGAAUUGAAAAAGGAAAUAAAGAAAAUCAUGAAAUUUUGGUUGGUCCGAGGUGUGGCUGGUUUCCGACUAGAUGCCACCAAACAUUUUAUCGAAGAUAAAUAUUUCAGAGACGAACCACUCGUAGAUCCAAACAAAACGGAAAUUACUACUAGUAACGAUUUGAAACACAUAUACACGACCGACUUGUGGGAAUCUUACGAAUUUAUACACGAACUCAGAGAUUUUACGGAUCAAUAUACGGCGGGGAAAGCUAAUAGACAACAUCUUGAAAGGAUUUUGGUACCCGAAGCGUAUACAGACGUGAAUCACACGAUGGCCUAUUAUGGCACAAACGAUUAUAGCAUAGCACACUUCCCUUUUAACUUUGUAUUCGCCACGCUGUAUAAAUUCGCGAAUGCUACCUUAUACGACCAUCGUAUACUAGAAUGGUUGAAAUACAUGCCGAAAGAUGCAACUCCAAAUUGGGUGGCAGAUAAUCACGAUACUGUGAGAACCGGUAGCAGAUUAUGCGAAGAGUACAUGGACAUUGUAACCAUCACAAUGAUGAUGCUGCCUGGUAUAGCAUGCAUUUACUAUGGGCAAGAAAUCGGCAUGACCAACAGUAAAGUUCGACCUGACCAAAGGCAAGAUCCGAAUAAUGAUGGAGCUAUAAGCAGGGAUGGUGAACGACUGCCGAUGCAAUGGGACGAUACGAUGAAUUCAGGGUUCACAUCAAAGUACAAACCGUGGCUCCCUGCGCAUCCCAAUUAUUGGCAAGUCAACGUUGAAAAACAAAAAUCCCAAGAAAUCAGCAGAUAUAAUAUAUUCAAAGCACUGUCGCAGAUUAGAAAAAGAAAAACCAUGAAAAUUGGAGAUUUCAAAUCGUACAUUGUUUCUGAAUGGGUCUACGCGUUUACUAGAUCGUAUCGCCGAUACGAAACAUACAUAACAGUUUUGAAUUUAGGCAGUGAAAUCGAACUGAUCAAUUUACACGACGUCAUCGGCAAGUUGCCAUCAACUAUGCAAGUGGUUGUAGCUAGUGUUAAUGCAGGCUACGUAAAAGGAGAUCAAAUUCAAAGUACACCCAAGUUUCCGAGGCUUUUCUCAAUGAGGCCAUUAUCCGCCAUCGUUCUUACCACCCGAGCUCAAACCAAACCUCCGAUAUUCAGAACACAACCAAUUGACCCAAGAAUAAAUAAGAACUCAUUGUAAAUUUAAUAUGUAGGUAAAUGUCUUCCACAAUAAAGUAAUUAUCUCGUGACAAAAACAUGCCUGUCUAGAAUUUAAGAUUAUCUUAAUAAAAUAACUUCUGCGAUUCGUUUCAAAAAUUGA